AAAUAAUGGGUUGCCAUUUUGUUCAUCAUUGCAAUGACAGGCUCAUUUUUCGACGUAGAUUUUAGGAAAUACAUAUCAGUUAAUAUAACAUUGUCACUUUUUCUUUUAAAUUGCAUCUAGCUCAAUAUUUAAGUUAUAAUAUUCCAUUGUUCUCUCAAUGCUUGAUUUUUGGUAAGUGCUUGUUUUAGCGUUUAAAAUGUGUCUCUAAGUCAGUUUUAAGAAUUCCUAUUUUUAUUACUAUCACAAUAUCAAUAAACUACAACUACAGGCAUGAUACAAAUGUAGGCUGUUGUGUUGGGUAAAUGAAUAAAUAUAUUUUAAAAAUCAAGAAAGUCUAUAAAAUAAUAAAUAAAAUAAAACAGAAGCACUAUAAUGUGUUAGAAACGCUUUUAUUAUAUUCGUCCUGCAGAAAUUGAGAAAUUAAAUUAAACAUGACUAAAAGUCUGUAGUCUGUAGUAUUGCUAUAUUUAUAUUACUAUUAAAAAAAAAAUAAUUGUCACUAUGAUGUGUGUACUAGCCCUACUAGUUAGCCUAGAUCCUAAAUUUACUCUACUAUAGACCCUUUAUAGCCUACUGUUUAUGCUUUCAUUCAUCUGUCUAGUCUUCUAAUUCUAAGACUGAUUGUAGUUGCUCAUUAAAAAUAGGCAUUCUCAAAUGACUCAAUGCUGCUGUGCUGCAACAGUUGGAAAUUUGAAAUUAUUAACUGACUUAACUGAUGCAGUCAUUAUUUAGUAAAACUGUUUGUUGCAAAGCUAAUAAUGUGCAUGGCAUAUUCUAUUUUUGAAAUGAUUAUAAUUAUGCAAUAAUUUCGACUUAACACUGGAUAAAAUUUUAAUAAAUAAAAUAUAAUAGGAGAAUAAUCACAAUUCACAGAACACAAUUUUGUUAUGAAUGAUUCAAGGAAAUGCAGUGCACAUCUGUAACAUCACAUAUAAUGCAAUUAGGCAGUUUUCCCAUGGCAAUGGAAGGAUUUUGCGAGCAGCAGCUUCCUCACAGGGGUGCUUUAAAUUUAAAAAAAAAAUGUAAUUUUAUAAUUUAUUUCCCUUUUUAUUUCAAUGAGAUAGGAUGCAACAUCUAGUUGACUUGUUGCAAACCAGUAACUCACUUUGUCUUGUGUGUUAUCAGAAGUCUCCACAAAUCAUCCAAAUUGUUACUAAAUAAUUCUCAUCAAUAAUUAAGUUUCAUUUUAAAAAUGUAUUUUCUUUGUGUUUUUAAAUAAGUAGCGUCCAGUUUUGCACAGUCUUAUUAUUUAAUUAUUUUAUGUAGGUCAUUUAAACAGAAUUUUGACAAAGGGGCUGUGGCAAAAGCUAGAUUUAGCAAGGGCGAUGAGAUUAAAAAAGUUUGUGAACCACUGCCUAGGGGUAUUGCAAAUCAGUAGGCCUAUGUAUAUAUAUAUUUAUAGGCCUAUGGGGCACACUUUGGUAUCUCUAAGUCUAUUCUAUUAUAUUCCUCUACUUAAGAAAACUUAAGCAAUGUGCAGCUUUCUGUUUCUUUUCAUAUUUUCAUUUGUCCUGUUCACCGAAGAAGGCUCAAAGCAGAAACAUUCACAUCUUGUUGUCCUGUCUUUUGAGUCAACCUUCAACAUACCUGAUUCUACUUUUUCAUUCACAUGGCUUGAAUUAUUAUCUUUUUCUUCUCAUUUACCCUGGCUUGAACAGAUAUUUCCAUGUAAUUUCUUUAAGCUCAAUAAAAGCUGUAAAGUGAACAGCCAUAUAUUGAAUUUAAAAGAAAGUUUCAAAGUAUCAAUAAGUAAUAGCAUAUGCUUACAAUUAUUGUCUUCCAGGUAUUUGGAGUGAAUGAACAAGAAAAAGAAAUUGCAAUGCCACUAAAUCCUAAGCAACUUGUUGGUACAUCAGUGAGCCCUAUCCAGAACUUGCCAACAUCUACCUCAUUGCAAUCAAUGGAAACUAAUCCUGUGAAUCUCACACCUAUUUCAGUAGACAUGCUAAAUCCUGGCUCAUCAGGAGGAUCCAUAGUUUCUCUAUCUCAAAGUUUCUGUUUUCCAAGUAAUCAAAUAGGGAAUGGUGGCAUACCCACCAUGGCCAUGGGUUCGAAUUCUGCAAAUAUGGCCACCACAGCACAAUUAAAUGCCAUGUCAUUGGGAUCAGUAUUCAGUGUGAACCCAAGCGGUAUAUCCACUCAGUUUGUUCAGCCCCUCUCAGUGUCACAACAAGCACUGGCAAUGUCAUUGAAUCAACAACAGCAGCAGCCAGGACAUCAGCAGAAUUUACCUGUGUCCCAUUCCAUAACAAUUAGCCAAGUUCCUCAAAACCUUGGCCUAGUAUCCCAGUCACUACCACUGGGACAAGUAGUUUGCUCCUCUGUAGCCACCCCUAACCUUAGUUUUAUGAGCCCAACAAUCUUCACGGUGCCAAAUCAGAAUGGGCAAAAUCCAUUUCUAUCCAACCCUUUUCAUCAGUUUCCUAUUAUGGUUGGAAAUCAACAGAGUAUUUUUACUAGCAUCAACACAGCUACACCACUGCCCAGUCAGGAAGCAUCAUCUGUUCAUCAAGUUCCUGGAUCCAGUCCUCUGCCCCAGACUAUUCAAAUGUCCAGCAACAUGAGCAAUGCCAUGUCUCAUGUUUCGAAUCAUCAAAUGUCCCUCAGUCACUUGUCAAACUCAAUUUCGCUUAGUCAAAUGCCAAGUAAUUCAGUUUCACUGAGUUCACAGCCAGUCUCAGUAUUUUCAUUUCCUUCUCCUGCAAUGAGUAUUGCCCUUCCCAUAAAAUCCAUUGAGGUGAACAGUCAGCCAUCUCCUGAUACAACUAGCGUUAUUUCAAGUGAUUCAAUGCCCAAUCUGCAUGCUGUGGUGUCCUCAAAUGAUGCAGAUGUUUCAGUAGCGGUGAGUAGCAUCACAGCUACAUCGUUCUCUACCUCAUCGUCUGUUUCUUCAACAACAGCAUUGUUAACUUCUGAUGUUCACAGUAGUGGAAUCAAAAAAGAAAUACCAUCAAACGACUCUCUGGAAUCAAAGACAAUAUUGGGUUAUUCUCGUAUGAAAUUUACACCUAUAGAUAGGGAUAUGUCGCCGGCAUCUCCUAACCACCAUUUCAAAACUUCAGCCGAUGACAGUUGUAGUGCAGAAAAUGAAACAAAGGAAAUUUUCUUAAAAAACCUAGUUGACCCAGAAUGUAAUCUAAUGGAAAUUCAAAUAAAACCAGAAGAAAUGACUCUUGAUGUGUAUGAAAGUGGGGAACCUAUCAGGGAUAAUGGAAAGUUCUCUUUAUCUCCCAUUGAGAGUUUGGAGCUUGUGAGGAAGAAAGAAGAAAUGCUUGACAAGGCGGACAUGCAUGGAGACUUGGCAGAUGGUAAAUAAAAUGUUCUGUCUUAACUAUGUAGUUAUUUGUCAUCACAACACCAUCUAGAUAGUUAUUUUUGUCAAACUCUUGAUGUAACAUAAGCUCUUUAGUGAAAUGAAGCUGGACUAUCUAACCCCACAAUAUAGGUCUUGCUUAUUAAACUUCCUUACACUCAGUACAGUAACCCUCUAAAUUUUAUGAAGUGGGUAGGUCUGGCUUUGUUGGAGGUUUAGCAUAACCAUAUAAAUAUAUACAUGUCUACUUGUGAUUAUCAAUUUUGUGAUAGAAAAGCUACACAUCAUUUGGUAUUAUUGGUACUUAAAUUUUUUAUAUUUUAUAACGUACAUAUUGAAAAAUGAGUUAUUAAAAAAAAAAAAAGAUAUUUUGGAAUUACAAUUUUCACGAAAUAAAGGAAAAGCAUAGCAGCAUACAGAUAUAAAAAAAAGUUUCAACAUUAUUAUGUAUACAAUUACAAAUACAUAUACCCGGGCUUGGAGCACUUGAGCCUGUGGGAAAGGUUUGGAGGGAGAUAGGAUAGUUAAUGUCAAUGACAAAACUGCUAAUUCUUGCAAGUCGGGAUAUAACUGUAUAUCUGCUUAUAGACAACUUAUCGUAUAUGUAUGUGUAUGUGAAACAGGCGGUUUGAAAAUGUGAAAAAAUUUCAUUAUAGAAAAGAAUAAUAAAAUUUGCACUCAUCCUUGUUGUAAUACGGAUGAAUUCCUGCUGGUUCAUCACACUAAAAUUUUGUGACACUAAAUGAGAUUAUUCUUUACUUUUUAAAAAUUAAUUUUUGUUCACUCUCAUUUUUUUAUUUGAUUUACUUGCAGUAGAAGACCUCGAAGAAACAGAGUUUGUGUGGGAAGACUAUUUGAGGGAAACUGGCGCGACAGCUGUACCUCCAACUGCAUUUAAACAUGUGAGACAUGGACUGUUUUGAAUUUUGAUAAUAUUGAUGAUGAAUAAAAACCAGACACACAUAAUUUAAAUAAAUGAUGUGUAUUUUUGGUCAUUUGAUUAGUAAUGUACUGUUGAUUUAUUUUAAAAAACAUGAACAUUUUCACUUGAAAUAUAUGUUGCUCAAGUUUUUUAUUUUUAUUAUUGUCUAUAUUAACAGGUUGAAAUUAGUCUACAGAGCGGUUUUUCCAAAGGAAUGAAAUUAGAAGCGCCAAAUAAAAACAAUGCUAACACAUACUGGGUUGCCACAGUUGUAAUGACAUGUGGACCCUUGCUAAGACUACGAUAUGAAGGAUACAAGGACAAUAGCUCUGCAGAUUUUUGGAGUGACCCUAUGACUUCAGACAUUCAUCCCAUUGGAUGGUGCAAGAUGAACAACAAAUCACUUCAGCCACCAGAAGGUAAUUACUUGUAACAAAAUUUUCUUUGACUACAUUUUAAUAAAUUAUAUUCUUCAUUGAACAUAAUUUCUGACAUCGUAGUUUUAGCUGAUGUUUUUUAAAUGUAAAAGCAUGAGCCCCUCAACCCUAUGGUCAUACUAAAUUUAAUCCAUGCAAAAUAAUACAAGAUGCAUUUAAAUAAAUGUCUUGGUGUUUUUAAUGCAUAACUGUGCAAUGAAGUGAGUUGGAGAGAGAGAGCACUAUAAUAAUUUGUUCAACACUUACACUUACUGAGUGAAGUCAAAUUGUAUAAAGCUGUUUAUUUUCCUGGCUCUUUUUGAAUGAAAUGCCAGGACUGCAUUUACAAGCUGGACCCAUCUCCUUUAGAUUGAUAGAAAGCCAGAAUUCUAGAAAACUCUGUCUUGUUUUAAAAAAAAAAUGUUUUCAUUCGUCCUUUUUCUACAUCAGAAAAUUUAACCCUUUAAGAGAAAAAACAAUAACAAAAAAAACCAUUAACCGAUCACUUGGCCCCCAUAUGUAUGGGGAAGUCAUUCGAACCCUACCCUUGACACCACUUGGUUAUGUAUGGGGUAGUUAUUCUAACCUUACCUUUGGUACCACUUGAUGAUGUAUGGGGUAGUUAUUCUAACCCUACCUUUGGUACCACUUGGUGAUGUAUGGGGUAGUUAUUCUAACCCUACCUUUGGUACCACUUGGUUAUGUAUGGGGUAGUUAUUCUAACCCUACCUUUGGUACCACUUGGUUAUGUAUGGGGUAGUUAUUCUAACCCUACCUUUGGUACCACUUGGUGAUGUAUGGGGUAGUUAUUCUAACCCUACCUUUGGUACCACUUGGUGAUGUAUGGGGUAGUUAUUCUAACCCUACCUUUGGUACCACUUGGUUAUGUAUGGGGUGGUUUUUCCAUCCCAUUUGAAAGCCUUGCUUAUUUGUACUAGCAUGACCAUCAAAAUGGUUCAGUAUUAAGAUUGUAAUUUUUGCGCAAGUCCAUCAAAUACUUUAAGAUAGUCUUAAAUUAUUUUUUCCUAUCAUUACAACUCUGAAAGUUCACAUCCUUUAAAUUUUCUCAAUUCGUCAUAAUUAAUGUCUGAAUGAAUGAUAAGAAUUUCUAAAUGAAUAAACCUUUUAUUCCUAAUGCUCAUGGUUGACAGCUAUCCAAGAGAAAUACCCAGAUUGGCAAGAACUUCUUUGUCAGUGUUUAAAAGAUGCUAUCACAGCUCCUUCCUAUCUUCUUGAUAAGGUAUGAUGUUCUUUUAUGAAACAUUUGUUUUUAUUGGUAAUAGAAAACCUAAUUAGACCUAAACAGAUUAAAAAUUUCCAAAAAGAUUUUUAAUUAAUAAUGUCUUGAUUAUAUUAAGUGAAAUGGAAAUUAGAGCACAAAGAAUGCAAUUAAUGUUAAUACAUUGAGAUUAGUGGCAGAAUAGAGUAAUCAACAGUUUCUGAAAUGUUCAAAUUUAUAUUGUAGAUAAAUACACAUACAUCUUUAAAAUAACCCUAUAAUUGCCAACUGUGCUUUUGUCUGUACAUCCACUAUGGGACCCAUGUUACAUUUGGUAAGGUGAAAUUCAGCAUGAUAUAAGAAACUUAAAAUGUAUUUUAUACGCUAGUCAACUGGAGCAACUCCUGUGGAUCAAAUUAAAGAGGGAAUGAAACUGGAAAUUCAAGAUCUUAUCAGAGCUGACCAGGUCUGGAUGGUGAAGAUCAUAGAAAACAUUGGAGGCAGACUGUACUUGCGUUAUGAAGGCAUAGAAGGAGCCAAUCAAGAUUUUUGGCUGUUUUACCUUAAUGAGAGGUUGCAUCCUAUUGGUUGGUGCAAGCCAUCAGGUUAUAAAUAUAUGCCACCUGCAGGUUUGUAAAACUUUCAAAAUGCUUAAGGUGAUAUAAUUAGGAAACAUACAUUCUGAUAAUAAAUAAUGACUACUUGAUCUUUUCUUUAGAGAUAAAAUGUUGAUUGGGAAUCUGGAAUCCAUAUUUAGUACUAAUCCACAAUAAACCUUUUCUAUGUUGUCCCAAAGGGUGGCCUUUGACCUGCCUAUUUAUUUCACAAACCAGCAUGGCUUGUACCAAAACUGAUUGGGUACUUGAUGGGUUUUACCUGGCUUUAUUUUUUAUACCGACCUUUAACUUGCAACAACCACAUAUUUCCAUCCUCAUCGUCAAUAUAUUAACAUAUCUUGCACUAAAAAGAAUAGUAAUUUGUUACAUUAGAAUAGAGUUAUAAUUGAUUUAUGCUCAUUUUUUUAUUUGAGUCAGUUUCAUCAGAAAAUUAAUAUUUAAAAAUUAUGUUAUUUAGAGAUCUAGAUAAUAUGAAAAAUACUUUAACUCAUUCCCUCCGGCAGCGCUGCUUCCGGACUUAAUUUAUUUUCCUGAGAAAAGGGAAGCAACUCAGUUUUGAAAUUGAUUUAUAUUUUUAAAAUAUUUGUUUAAGUUGCUAAAUAUUAUUUAAUGUUAAUGAAUUAAGAACAAAUGCAACAAAAAAUGAAUAAGGUUUAAUAUAAAUAUAACAUUAGCGGGGGGGAAAAAUAACGAACAAUGGCCAAAAAAAUCGAUUUUCGGCACCUCGGACGAACACAUGGUACAUAUAGACGCGCCGUACUAAAGCACACGUAGUUUUAAAGUGAAACAAGAUAAAAACUUCCGGUUUCUAAAUUAAAAUCACCCAGAAAUCACGCCAUAGCCGGAAGUCUCGAGGGGUGCGAGAUUUCAUUGCUAUUUUAAACUAAAAAUAAGAGAGGUGUGUCGCUAUGCGCCGGGACGCAUUUGGACGCAUCAGGAGGGACCCCCCGAGGACGCAUUUAGUCGCAACCGUCGGGAAUGAGUUAAACGUUUUUUAUUAUGUAAUUUGAUUUUCAAAUAUUUAAACUUUGAAUAAUUUUUCUAAUAGGAAUUUUCAAGCAACACAUACAUGUUCAUAAUUUAUUGUGUUAAAUUUCCAACUACUAAAUCCUUGCGUCAUAAAAAUAAUAAAAUUGACUUUUACUGGGAAUGUUGUUUUAGUUGUAAAAAAUGGCACAAAGAAGACUGAAGAACAACUCUUAGAUUUGAUUGAAACUGCGUUCAAUGAUGCAACCAAGCAGAAAUUGCCAGAAGAUAUUUUUGAUGUAAGCUGUAUACUAUUUGUUUAUUACAAUAAUUAGGUUCAAUGUAAACUUUACUUUUUAUAUUUAAUUUAAAUUAUUUAAUUUCACUUCAUUUUAUCCGUAAAAAUCAGUCUAUUAAAAUAAUUCAUACAAAUCAUGCAAAGUUUUUAAAAAAUAGUUGAAAUGCAUUUUACUGAUGAAAAAAUAGUUCCUACAACUGCCUGCUUCUCAUUAUUGUUGAGCAAAAAAAUCAACUGGAGGAUGAAUUUAAAAUGAAAAAAUCUGUUGAAAAAAAAAUAAACUAAUCUUUAAAUAAUUUUUUAUUUAUUUUUUAUUUUUAUUUAUAUACCGUAUUUAUUGGCGUAUAACACGCCCCCCGCAUAUAACAUGCACCUCAAUUUAAGAAGGAAAUUUCAGGAAAAAAAACUACACAUUAUAUCGGCGUAUAACACGCACACAUCAUUUGCCCCCUAUUAUUGUGUAAUAUGCCAAUAAAUACGGUAAUUAAUUAUGCAAAAAAGCAUGCAGUGUUUAGAAAAAGUUGUCGUCUUUGACAAAGUUGAAAAGCUAUCUAUUUUUCAGGAUCAACCUAUGAUUGAGUCUCACAGUUUUGAAGUUGGAAUGAAACUUGAGGCCCUAGAUCCUAACAACAGAAACAACAUCUGCCCUGCUACUGUUGCUGAGGUGAUCGACUCCAAAUAUUUCAUUGUUGAAAUUGAUGAUCUCAGGAAAGUAGAGCAGGAUGCAAAAGUUUUAUUUUCAUGCCACCGAAACACUCCAACAAUAUUCCCUGUGAACUGGACUGUUAGUAAGGGCAUUAAAUUGACUAUGCCUCAAGGUAAAUGUUAUGGCAUAAAUUUACAUAGAAUCUCGCUAUGUAUAUAGAUAUUUUUGCAUUUGUGUUGACUAAUGUGAACCAUACUUUAAGGUUCCAUUUGUAUUUAGCCUGUACCCUCGACAUGGCUGCUAAGUCAUUUCAAUUUAGAAUGCCUAUAUUCUGAAUGUUAUCUGUCCUGCUUACACUUAUAUGCUAUCAAAUAGCCUAUUGCUGGCAUUUGAGAUUUUAGUGGCACUCAUUUAAUAUUUGGUACAAUAUUUUGAAUAUCACUUUGUGGACUGGUGACAUUGUUCUUGGAAACAAAUCUAUGGGGAAUGCUGUAUACAUCAUUAAACUUAAAAUACUAUAUAUUAUUGCACUCAAACAAAAUUAAUGUAAAUCAAAGCUUGCAAAUAAUAAAUAAAAAUAAUUUAUUAAUACUUCAACUAUUUAGUAUGGUUAAAAAUAAUUUUUUUAUUUCUUCAGGGCAUAUUUUAUAGAUUUGUAAAUUUACAGUUGCAAGAAAUAGAUUACUCUUAUCCUAUAAUAAUAACAAUUUUAAAUGAAAUUUUAAUAAGGCAAAAAGGUAGGCCUAUUAAUCACCUUUGAACAAUUAGUACUAUUGUCUUAGAGCUGCAUCUAUCUUACCCCAAUUUUAAUAAGGAAUUGUACAAGCUUCAUGUCUUCAAAUGCAAUACAGGUUGGGAUCAGUCAGAGUUUCGAUGGUCUGAAUACCUGAUGUUCUGCAAUGCCGGCCCCGCUCCAGUCAGCUGUUUUAAUUUGGUGAGCCUUAAGAGUUGAAUCAUCAUAAGACAACAUUUUGAAACCCAAAUCUUAUCCAAAAGUUUUCACAUUUUAAGAUAUUGUAUCAGACCUAGACUGAUUUCUGUUAAAAACUUGUUGAAGACUAUGGUUUAUUUAAGGUCAGUCUGUGCAAAUAACAUAUUUUAAAAUCUCAUUUAAAUUUCUUGUAUUUUUCAGUUUUUUAGUAUUUCUUUAUUGAAAGUGAUUAUAUUAAAAACGCUAGCAAAAUUGUAAUUAAUAAAUAUAAUGUAAAUUAAGUGAUAAACAGUAUGAACAUUUUUAACUUUUCUGGUAGAUUAUUUCUAAUAGAAUUCUAAUUGUUGACGUUCAACCUUUCUAGGAAGUACCAGACCAUGAGUUUGAGUGUGGUAUGAAGUUAGAGGCUGUGAAGCCUAGCCAGCCUUCACAGAUUUAUGCCGCAACUAUCACUAAGAUUGUAGAACAUCUAAUGUGGAUUCACAUAGACAGCAGUAAGCGUUUGAUGGAUAGUCACGUGGAGAGUGUUAACUCCUUUAACUUGUUCCCCAUUGGUUGGUGCGUAAGUAAUGGCUACCAGCUGAAACCACCUGGAAGGAUUUCGGGUGGUGCACCUAUGAAACGGAGGAUAGCGGUGGUACAGCCAGAGUAAGUUUAAUUUUUUGAAAAACUCAAAUCAUGCCACUAUGGUUAUAUCAGACAAAGUUUUGAUUUUUAUAUUCUUUAUAUGCCCCUGAGAUAAUGUUAUGUAAAGCGAUCAUUUCAAAACUGGCAUGGUGCUCCAGUUUAGGGGGAUGCGGACUAGCAGGAAAAGGGGCACAAAAAAAGUUGAAAUUUUUAUAUACGUGCCUCUUUAUUUUUUAAAAUUUGAGUGCAAGGACAUGAAGUUUAGAAACAUUAUCUGAUAGUUUUAUAAAAGAAAUUUUUUUUUUCAUUAUGUAACAUAAAAAAUAAUUUCUCUCUCAACCAUGAAGAGCAGAAUAUGUGUCAGUUUUAAUGUUGGACAUCUUUGUACUCAGUAAUAAUUAAAUAAUUGUUACAAAAUGACCAUGUGUAUUAAGCCUUCUUAUAAAGAAAUUUGGAAGCUGAUACUAUAUGGUUAUUGUUAUGGAAAUGUAAAAUAUUUGAUCACUAUUAUAUUAUUUUUCUCUUUGAUCUUAGGAUGAUUGAAAGUAAAAAAACAGACCAACAAAAGUAUAAUAGUGGAAGAGGUAUUAUAUUGAUAUUUUUGGUUAUAUGUAUUUGUCUUCAUACAAUUGAUAUAUCUCUUGGUUUAUACGGAUUCUUCAUCCAUCAUUGUCUACCACUGGACCAUAUAUUUUUCUGAGGAUUGUCCUCUCAUCCUUGUCAAAAUACCCAAACAAUUUAAUGCAAUAUUCUUUUAUUGGGUCUACUCUAUUUUUUCACACAAUCAAUAAAAUGAAUAGAUUUUGUAAUUCCAGACCUAAAUUUGUUUUAUAUAACAUUUCAGAACUUUUUGGAGGUCCUCAAAUUUAUUUCAAUCACCGCUGUUUUUCUGGACCAUAUCUGAGCAAAGGCCGCAUAGCUGAACUACCCCGGAGUGUGGGUCCUGGACCUGUUACUCUCGUCAUGAAAGAGGUUUUAAGCAUGCUCAUCAAUACUGCAUACAAGUCUUGUCGUGUUCUAAGGGAGCUUCAGCUUGAGGGUCGACCAAAUCCAAAUUUGACCCAACAAAUGUUGAAAGCAAAGUUAGUGUUCUGUGAUUGUUUGAUGUAUUGGAGCAUUAAAUUCAAAGAGAAGUUCAAAAUAUAAACAGUAGAAAUCUGAAUAUCAAGUUAUUGAUCAUCCAGGCUUGAGUUUACCUGGUCUUGUAUUUUAUGAUCCAGUUAUUAUGGAUAUAAAACUUCUUUUAAGUAUGUCAUCCAUUUUCAUCAAGACUACACUUUGGAACAGUUGCUCUGGAUAGUCAGAAUUAUAAUUUGAUCCUUUUGUGCUCAAUAAAAAUAAUUAUUUUUUAUAAUUAUAUUAACGGUAACAUGAUAAAACAGAAUAAAUGGCUGAUUGAAUAAAUAUUUCUAGAAAUCUGUUUUGAGGGCUUCCUUUAUUUUGAUAUAUGUACAAUAUUGAAACAUGUUAAAUGUUUACAAAAGUAAAAACAAACGCAAGCCAAAGAAAUUAUAUCUCUGUUUUUUCAAAUUUCCCAAUUUUCUUGCUAGGAUUUUACCCUCUUAAGACGCCUGCGCCGAUCCAUCGGCUCAGUAAUAAAAGCCACGAGAUUGGUUGGGUUGUCUUUGCUUCUCCCAUUUUUCGCUCAUCUUGCCAUUUUAUUGGCCGCUUCCAUUGAUAGUUAAUGGUGAUCCGUCAUUUUUAUAUGCUUUAAAAUAUGUGACUUUGAAAUAUGCCGAAAGGCAUUAACAUCCCACGGGGGAAUAUUUUAUGCAGUUUUGCACAUUUGAAUCUCAUUAAAAAAUUUUGUUAGGAAUUUUGUAGGGCUCACAAUAAUAAAAUUUUACAAAUUUCUGCAAGCAAGACAUGUCUGUUCUAAAUGUUGAAAAAACUGAAUGCAUAAUUUAUGCUAUGCAAAUCAGGAUAUCUCAUUUGCAUAAAUGUUGAGAUUUCAGUUUGAUUCAUAAAGAUCGUUUAUUCAAUCCCUACAAGAAUAUAUAUAGAUUUAUAUAUGUUAAGUAAUUAGUUAAUUUUUUAAAUAAAUUCAUUUUCAAAGUUAGGGCAGGGCUUGUGAAAAGGCCUCUGUUUUCUUGGCACAGACAGUCCAAAAAGGCUCCGUCUCAAAGGGAUUUAAAAAAUGAAAAAUGCCACGCAAGAAAAUAUGUAUACUUCAAAAUUUAAAAAAAAUUAAAGUAGUUAAAAUAUGUUCUAACCAAAAGGGUUAUUGAUUAUCUAUUUAAACAUAUAUAUAUAUAUAUAUAUAUAUAUAUAUAUAUAUAUAUAUAAAUUUUUAAAAAUAAAAAAUAUAUAUAUAUAAAAAUAUAAAAAAAAUUAAAGUAUUUAAAAUAUAUUCUAAAAAAAAGAGUUAUUGAUUAUAUAUUUAAACAUAUAUAUAUAUAUAUAUAUAUAUAUAUAUAUAUAUAUAUAUAUAUAAAUUCUGAAAAAUAAGUUUAAAUUCACAUCUGCGUGGUUUAAAUUGGUCAAGGAAAAAUUAUUAUUAAUUUCUUAAUGACUUUGGUGGUUUACAGCUACUUGUUCAAUAUCUUUUUUUAAAAUCCUCAGAUAUAAAGGCAAAAGCUACAGGGCUAUUGUUGAAAUUUGUCGAACAGCUAGUCAACUAGAGGAGUUCUGUCGGCACGUUUGCAUGAAGCUUGAAUGCUGCCCUAAUCUUAUAAGUCCUCACUUUGUAAAUGGCAGAUGUCCUGAAAACUGUGCUCAACUAACAAAGACUAAGUACAGUAAGUAUUCAAAUUCUAAUCCUGCAAUACAUGUAUUAUCUGAUUUCACAAUCUCUUUUUUCCAUUGUUUUCAAUGUGCCCUUUAUGGCUAAAUGCGUCAUCUGGAAAAAAAUCUUGUUUCUCAGUUUUUGAAAAAUUAUUUUUUUUUAACUAAAAAACUAUUUGUUUUUAGGUUACACUUACACUCAUUUACUUUUAAUGACAUAUUUAAAGACAUUUGAUACAAAUGAAAAUUUCCACCUACAUAUUUCUACACAGCUGCAGUUUAUUUUUAUAUACAGUUUUUCAUAUAAUUUUUUUUCACCUCUAAGCUUCAAUACUCCCAAUUUAUUUGUAUUAUCAUCACUUUUUUUUGGAUAAUUUUAAAGCAUAUUACUAUGGAAAAAGAAAGAAGAAAAUUGGCCGCCCACCAGGAGGACAUAGCAAUCUAGAAAAUGGUCAGAAGAAACCAGGAAAGCGCAAAAAAAGGAAAAACUUAGGGUUUCUGGGUAAAAGAUCAGUCCAGCAGGAAGUUAAUGAGCAGGGAGAUAAUCCUGAUGAUGAUAAAGUAAAUAUCUAUUUCUUUACACAUAUUUAUGACUCUUUUAAGCAACAGGAGGAAUCAACUGGCUACCGGUAUAAUUCAUCUAAUAAAAUCUGAUGAUGAAAAACAAUACAAAAUUAAUAAAUAUAUUUUAAAAAUUAUUAAUAAAAAUUUAUAUUGAUAAUGUAACUAAUUUUGAGAGCUUUAUCAUUUUAGAAGGUAGUUAAAAAAAUUAAAUUGCAAUCCCCCAUUUUGUGUGUGUUUUGUUAGGCAAGCAUCUGCAGUGACACAAAAACAGUGGACAGUACCAGUACCUCUGGUUCUAAAGAGCGCAUUGUGACGAAAACUUCCAAAAGUAUUCAUAAUAGUCUCAAGAGGCGAUACACUCAUCACAUUCCACCACCUUCUGAAAUCAGGACCAGGGGGGCCAAGCUUCCAAAGUACAGCUUCGAGAAACGGACACACAAAAAAAUUAUGAUUGUUGAGGACUCACAGCCGAGUAGCAAGUCAAGAAAAGAGGUGUGUAUAAACAAAAAAUUACCCAGUAUAAAAAAACCCACUCAGAAUGAAAAAACCAAAUCACUUAUUAUAAAAAAUGAUCCAGUAUCAAAUGUGAAUACACUCAGCCUUAAAUUGUAACCGCAUAAAUGAGCAGCAUAAAAUAACCGGAUUAAGCAAGAAAGGUAAUGGUUAAGAGUCAUUUGAUUGAAAUUAGACAAAAAGCUGAUAUUUUAAUGUAGAUCUAAUUCUUCAAAAAUUUUUUACGGACAAAACUAUUUCCUGUCUCAUACAUAUUUGUAGAAAUUUUUCAUAAUCUUCAGCUUUAUAUUCAAAGACCUAUUAUACUUGCCAGAAAUCUUGUUUGACAAUAUGUAAUCUAUUGCAGAUUAUCAAAACAUCAAGAUCCUCUAGGGAACCUCAACAAUUCAUUGAUAGUAGUUUUUCCAUGAUGAGGUCUGAGAUGCCCACUAGUCUAAAAUCGGAGCAGCCACUUAAGUUAGAAAAAAAUCCACUUGAGUGGACUGUUGCAGAGGUUGGAGAGUUUCUACAAACCACAGACUGUGCGGACAGGGAGUUGGUGGCUAGGCUGAGAACAGAGGUUAGUAGAUUUACAGUUUAUCCUGAGCUGCCAGAUGACCACCAAACUUCUGAUUAUAUAUUUUGUCUUCAGAAUGAUAGCCGUGAGGAUUCAGAGUGAUUUUAAUAGCCAUGUCCUUUGUCAGUUCUUUUAAUUCAUGUCCAUUGUGGAAAAACCAAGUGACUUAACAGUUAUUUUAAUUGAUGUCUUUUAUGAAAUAGCCACGGGAAUCAACAGUUAUUUUAAUUGAUGUCUGUUAUGAAAUAGCCACGGGAAUCAACAGUUAUUUUAAUUGAUGUCUGUUAUGAAAUAGCCACGGGAAUCAACAGUUAUUUUAAUUGAUGUCUGUUAUGAAAUAGCCACGGGAAUCAACAGUUAUUUUAAUUGAUGUCUUUUAUGAAAUAGCCACGGGAAUCAACAGUUAUUUUAAUUGAUGUCUGUUAUGAAAUAGCCACGGGAAUCAGCAGUUAUUUUAAUUGAUGUCUGUUAUGAAAUAGCCACGGGAAUCAGCAGUUAUUUUAAUUCAUGUCUGUUAUGAAUUAGCCAUGGGAAUUAACAGUUAUUUUAUUUGAUGUCUGUUAUGAAUUAGCCAUGGGAAUUAAUAGUUAUUUUAUUUGAUGUCUGUUAUGAAUUAGCCAUGGGAAUUAACAGUUACAAUUUUAAUUAUUGUCACAUUAGUACCGGUAUUAUUUCAAGUUGAAGCAUUAAAUAAAUUAAUUGAACAAUUUUAAAGUGUGAAAAUUAGUCUUUAGUUUGGACACCUAAAUUAAAUGUUUCACGUGUGAAUUUGUCUCAGACCAAAAAAAAACACCACUUAAAAUUGACACCAAUAUUUCAAAACCUGAUUAAAAUUAAUUUCACAAUUCCUGUUUCAAGUAAAAGUUAAUUGUAACUUUUUAUGUAUACGACUAUCAUAUCAUAAUGGAUUUGUUGUUUUUGUUUGCUCUUAAAGGAGAUUGACGGCCAAGCUCUUCUCUUGCUAACACUUCCAAAUGUUCAAGAAUACAUGGGGAUCAAGCUGGGCCCUGCCAUUAAGUUGUGCCAUCUCAUCGAGAGGAUUAAAAUUUCUUUUUAUGAAACUUUUGCAAAAUAAUAUUCUUGCUCUGACAAUACAUGUGUAAUUUAUUUCUGAAUGGGAGGCGUAAUUUCAAAAAUGCUCUCCUUUGAUAUUAUAUCCUUAAAAACCAAUUUGAAUGAAUUACUGACAAUGUUUUAGACGGCUUUUUACCCGGAAAGCAAGUUGGUUUUAAUGUAAAACAAAAUGAAAUUAUUUAAUGUUAUGAUUAUGAUAACUGAAAGACAUUCCUGAAGUUUUAUCUAAGCCUGGGCUGUAGAGUCAGACGAUAUUUUGGUUGGACUGAUGCUUCAGAUCUACUAGUUUUAUUUUACUUCUAAGAGUACCGCUACUACUACUACUAUUACUACUUCUACUACUAUUCUUCUUAUUAUUACUAUUACUUCUAUUACUACUACUACUGCUCUAGUUUUAAGAAUGACUCUUGUCUUCCAACUCUGGUAUGACUUUAAACAGUUGUACAGUGGUUUUAUUUAAAAGAGAAUUGUGGUGCUUCUAUAUUCAUUAACUUGAGAGUUAAAUUACAUUUGGGAGAUCUGGUUAUUGUCCUUUGGGAGUGUGGAAGUAAUGUUUUGAUUAGAUGGAGGUGAUGAGUGAGUCCAGGUUUCCUCUGCAUCUGUCAAUGAACAUUUAAUAUAAAAGAUAAAUUACUUGUGAUAGCUCAUCAUUUUGUCAUUACGAAACCAAUUUGUUAAGAGAAAAUAAAUGAUGGAGACUUUUGUAUUUAUAUGUAAAAUAGAAAGGGUGGACUGCGAUCUUGUGAUUGUUUGGCUUUAAAUGUUGGGCCAAAUUUACAUAUGAUAUAUAUAUAUAUAUUAUAUAACUUUAUAACUGCAAUAGUUUUGAACCAAUAAUGACUAUGAGUUUGGAUAAACCAUUCCAAAAUAAGUAUAAAGUAUGAACUAGGCACCUUACUCCCAUCUGGCUUCGUAAGCCAUAAAAGAGAUUAGCAUCCAAGUUCUUUCCACAAACUGAUGAAUUUUUAACUUAAACACACACCCCACCCCCACCUGCUAAUGGCUUCUGACAAGCAAUCACAUACAAACAGUCUAAGUGGUUGUGUUUUUGUCAAUGCUGCGUGGGAUGUAGGUUGACGCAUGUACUCAUCAUAGUCAUUCCAAUACUCAUUUUGCAGGCUGCACAUUUCCAGAUUGCCACUUGUCAGAAACCCAGUCAACAUCUGACUCUGCAGCCUUUUUCCUUUACAUCUGUCAACAUGAUAUUACCCCAGUUCUUAUCUUUCAGGAGACUUCCUUAAUAAUAUAAAUAUAAGAUAAAUUUGAUAUAUUUUAUAGCCCUGUGGUGGCAGAUACAUUUUGAGUGGUUGUAAAUGUAAUGUAACUAAAUUCUUCUGCUGUCUUUAUUUUGUAACUAUUUCAUUUGCUUUGAGAUUUUAGUUAAUACAUAACGCAGCUUUUUUGUCAACAAUGUGCUGAACUGUUUGAUGUAAAUCCAUAGAUAACAAUGUUUAAGUGUUUCCAUUAGCUAUUGAUAAAAAAAAAGAUAUUGAAGCUGAUGCAUUUAAAUAUUUUUUUAUGUGUUGCCAGAUUGUGAAUCACUGCCAUGUGCCAUGCAUGUAAGCUUGUGAUGACCGCCAUAAAAUCAUUGUAAUGAAUUAUCAAAAUUAUUGUGUUACAUUGCAAAAAAAUUCAGGAAAAAAAAAAAAAACUUAUUUUGUUGUUGUUAUCAUUAUCAAUUUUUACAAAAUAACUCGAGAGCUUGUGGCUUUUGUUUAUAAUUACAUCAUUACCAAAGUGAACUACUUUCUCUACUUGACUGCUCUGACCAACCAAAGUGACAAACUUUCUCUACUUGACUGCUCAGACAAACCAAAGUGACAAACUUUCUCUACUUGACUGCUCCUGACAAACCAAAGUGAACAACUUUCUCUACUUGACUGCUCAGACAAACCAAAGUGACAAACUUUCUCUACUUGACAGCUCUGACGAACCAUAGUGACAAACUUUUCCUACUUGACUGCUCUCACAAACCAAAGCGACAGACAUUCCCUACUUGAUUGCUCUGACAAGCCAAAGUGACAAACUUCUUUACUGCUCCUGAAAUUUAUUUGCCAAUGACUGUAUCAGAUGUCUACAAUUUUAUCUGAUAUCUAUGACUUUAUCUACUGUCUAUGACUAUCUGAUGUCUAUGACUAUCUGAUGUCUAUAUGACUGUAUCUAAAGUUAAUGACUUCACCUGAUGUCUAUGCCUUCAUCUGAUGUCUAUGACUUUAUCUGAUGUCUAUGACUUCAUCUGAUGUCUUUGAAUUUAUAUGAUGUCUAUGACUUCAUCUGAUGUCUAUGACUUUAUCUGACAUCUAUGACUUCAUCUGAUGUCUUUGAAAUUAUCUGAUGUCUAUGACUUCUUCUGACAUCUAUGACUUCAUCUGACAUGUAUGACUUCAUCUGACAUGUAUGACUUUAUCUGAUGUCUAUGACUUUAUCUGUUGUCUAUGACUUCAUCUGAUGUUUAUAACUUCAUCUGACAUCUAUGACUUCAUCUGACAUUUAUGAGUUCAUCUGACAUUUAUGACUUCAUUUGAAAUCUAUGACUUCAACUGACGUCUGUGACUUUAUCUGAUGUCUAUGACUUUAUCUGAUGUCUGUGACUGUAUCUGAUGUCUAUGAAUUUAUCUGAUGUAUAUCACUUUAACUUUAUCUGAUGUCUAUGGGACCAACAGAAAGCUAUUUUCAAUAUAUCUGAUGUUUAAGUUUAACCAUAUCAUUGAUUGUGAUCAUGAUGUUAUUUGUGCUGAGUCUUAACCCCGCCCCACCUCCCAUCUGGUCUCCCGCCACCCUCUUUUUCAACCUCUGUAAGUUUCUUCCUGGCUAAAUUGAGCCUUUUGACAUUGUCAGAUGUUCUGUGCCAUAAUGGUCUAGUACAGUGGUCCCCAAAUGGCGGUCCGUGGACCUUCACCGGUAUGCAUGCCUAACGCUGCCGGUCCCCAUAACAUAAAUAUUUAUUGUCAAAUACCGGUAGUAAUAAAAGUGUAAAAAUAAAUCAUGCAUCGGUCCCGGGUAAAAUUUUGAAACUUGUUCACAGGUCAGUGAAAGUUAAAAGUUUGGGAAUCACUGGUUUAGUAUAUCCAGCUUCAAGCAUUUUAUGCUGUUUUUGGUAGCAUUCAAAGUGAGCUUUUCAAUAGUACAUAGUACCCCCAGAUCUUAGAGGGAUUCUUGCAUAGACAUUUUGUUUUUCAUGGACAUAAACUCUAGACUGAUUCAUGACAUGUGCAAUAACUAAAGAAUUUAUGAUAGAGUGGUUGUAUGUUUAAAACUGUUUUAUUCUUUCUCAAAGUUGUUUAUUUGUGUACAAAUAUCUUUACUUUCUGUUGCAUGAUCUCAUCAAAAUUAUUAAAAUUGUUAUUGAAAAGGAAAUUUAUAAUAUGUGAAACGCUCUGUGUGGGUUAAAGAAAUGUUUAAUGAAAUAUUAGGAUGUCUGAUUGCAGGUGCAGCUAAUUUUUUGUUGCUUGAAUUCCUAAUGUACCUACAACUGAAUAAGAGUUUUAUUUGUACAAUAAUAAUUAAGGCACAAAACACAUUUUUUCUAGGUAUAAUUUUUAGCCUAUUUUAUAUGUGAAAGAUGAGUACUAGCAAUAAAAAGUAAGGAAUAGAGCUGGCUUCAGUUUGCGCAAGCUAAGGGUUGAGAAGUUUUAUUUUUCUAAAAUAUAGAAAAUUCUCCCCACUGGUGGCAGUGUGGGGUAUUUUAAAGCUUCCAGUGGGACCAAGAUGGUCCACCGAACCAAUAGCACAAUGCAUUGAUGAUUAUUUAUUGUAACAUUCAUUUGAGUUUUGUCAUGGAGUAGAAAAUCUAGGAAAUCGAUCUUUUUUGGCGAGGAGAAAAUAAAGAAGUAUUUUAAUAUUUCAAACAAGGUUUUAUAAUUUGAGAGUUUUGAUAUUGUGUUUGAAAAAAUGUGAAGUAAGAAAUGUGUUUCUUACUUUAGUUGCAGAUGUAAACAAUUG